AUGCCCGGUGUGAUCAUGGAGACUACCAGUGUUGAUGGAUCUUUCCAGCGGCAAAGACUCAACGAAGGUGUCAACGGCACGCUAGGGUCUCACGAUGAGAAGGGGUUCCAGGCCUCCGCCAUGAACGGGCCGGUCCAUGUUAAUGAUUCGUCCGCCCUCAUCAACGGCAAGUCACCUGGGAACCAAUCCACGGAAAAUAUCCGCAAGAAACUGCGUAUCCUCGACUUUGCACAUGUCAAAAGAGCCGAAUUCAUCAAACUCUUGGUUCUCUCUCAGUGGAGCCGACAGGCUGCAGAAGUGAGCAGGUUAAUCGACAUCCAAGGCUUUAUUCGCUCGCGCCACCAAGCAUAUGCUGCAGCUGUUCAGGUCGUUGGCGAGAUGAAGCGGGAUCUGGUGCGAGCUCAAGUCGCUAAUCCUGAUCUGAAGACGGCUUUGGAGGUUCUUUCCAAGGGUCGAGUGGACGCACUACCCGAUCUUGAUGCGAAAAUCAACGAGGUCCUACAUAAUGAUGGUCUUCUAGGGUGCUUUGAAUUUUUGAACGGCCUCGUCUUGACGAAUAAAGUGAAUACGCUCUUCAGGCAAGCUGUCGAGCUCACACAAAACCUAUGGGCAGAUUGUCUGCGCAUCGAGUUCCUUCACCGCACUCUUGUCAUUCAGUACUGGCCUACAAAACCUGGACCAAAAAGCUGGUUAGAGAUCGGCGUCCAAAGAGGUGGUCAAGGGUCUGGCGGGAUUUGUGUACCACAUCUUGGUUUUCGCUGGAUGCGAGAUGGCCAGCAAGCUAAUCACACUGCUCUUCGGUUUGACACCAAGAAUCUUGAUAUCGAACGACUUUUGCGGAGCGUUAUCGCGACACAUAUAUCGCAUAUGCUGUCAUCCGUGUUUGCCAAGCUGAGGACGUAUACUUUGUUCUCACACAACAAGCUCAUGCUACGAGGCCAAUUGUCCCAGACAGAACCAGGGGAUUGCCACCUCGAGAUUCAGCUAACUUCAUCCCGGUUUGUGCGGGUCUCUGUCGAACCUUUAUCUGGGGCCAUGAUUUUUGGACAUCCCGAUGGUCCGCGCCCUGAUGCAAAAAUUGCUGCUUCUUCCCUCGAGGAAAUUCUCUCCCGUGUCAUUCGCCUUCGAUGUGCUGCGGCUUUAGAGGAAAUCGAGUCUGGUACUAAGGCAAUUGGUUUAGAGAUGGUUAGCCAAAGGACCCUAGGGCUUGAUGCUCGACGAUUGUUUCCUUCGCAAACUUUACACACUGCCUUUUUUACUCACCCCAUAUGGGAUCGGCAUUGGGUUGUUGCGGCAACGAGCAGCAUGGAUGGCGACGGCUGGUGGCUCGUACGACUGCCGCUCCAAACCGAUGCCGACAGGCCAAGCCCUUCUGCUCAUCUUAUCAGAAAUAACCUCACGACCCGACAUUUCUCCUGUACUGCAGGCGCCGAACUUGUCCAUGGCCUUGCGGGCAUCUUAGCAAUAUAUGCCAAUGCUCGGUGCUUGUCAGGCUUACCAGAGAUCCACCUGGAGCCUUCAUUGGAGAAAUUACAGUUAGGACCUGAUCUUGAAGUCCCUGAGGUGACUUUCCGCUACAAUGCAGCCAUGCUUCCCCCUGCCCUUAAAAUCUUACGGCCUCGGGGAGGAAGAUAUUUGCGGGACAGCAUUCGUCUUCUAUUCCAUGGAAUUGACCAUGCCAGCCAAUCCACGGUCCUGGUGGCCUAUGGCACUCUGCAGCGUUCACUGAAGUUUCUUCCCUCUCUCCUUUCCAAACCCGAGACCUCCCUUCUCAUGCUCUCUCCAAGCGGGGUUGCGCUUCGUCUGCUGGUCCCAGCUGGACGCUCUGUGACCCUUCACCUUUUUGAACGCCUGCAACGCCUUGAAUGUGUGCUCUCAAUCAUUCAGUCGUUGAUCGAGAAGCAGAUGACCCUUCUUGCAUGUUCAUUUUCGCAAAUUGAGUUCGCAUAUGGCCCAGGGAAGAGGUUCCGUGCUCGAUUCGAUAUCGAUAUCUCUGGCCCCUCUCUUUCCGACCAUAUCGACAUUUCACAUGCCUUGUCUAUGGCUGAUCCUCUUUUCCGAAUGCAUUUGAGGAUAAGCUUCGAUAGUCCCAGUCCGCACCGUCGGGUCCAGGAGGCACUAACUGUGGCUCUAAACCACCGCUUCCCGAAAGUUGGCAUUAGCCCUACUCUGGGGUAUAUGUCCAAGACCUUCCCUCUCUUGCAGUGCCUAGACCAAAUAACAUCAGCACCCACUAGUUCAUUGGUAUUACAUGUCACCGUCCGCGGCCCUACCGAUUUUCAUUUGCACUACCCUCAAUUGCGUUCUCGGUUUCGUUUAUGCGCUCGGCCACAAAAGGGGCAAGCGGUUUGGUUACUUGAAGAUUCCAAUCGACCUCCCUUGCCCGAAACCGGACAAGUCUCACACGCAGUCCACGAGAAAAUUUACAACUCCAAAGGCGACGGCUGGCAGGGCCAGGGAGAUGGGGCAAUUUCCGAGGUGGAAAAGGUCGGAGACCUUCUAUCCACGCUCCAUGCAUGCCUCAGCGCUUGCCCUCCUGAAGCACUUCGCCCAGAAACAGUGGUCAAGCAACUUCCUGAAGCUGAAAGUACGCAGAGAACCACAGGAGGUGCUCCUAUCCAGGCCACCACCCGAAGGGCCGAACUCCCGAAUAACCCCGAUAUCAUUACGAUUGAUUAG